UCUUCGCUCUCUCUCCCUCCCCCCAAACAUUUUUCACUCGCUCCCUCUCUCUCUCUCCAAAACCCUAGAUUUUCUUUUCUCUGAUUCGAAACCCUAGGUUCAUCGAAAAUUUGAUGAUUAGGAUGCCGGCGAUCGGAGAAGUGGGGAGCGCGAUGAGAACAAGGGUUAGAUCUCAAGAGUUCACGGCGUCCGAGACGGGCUCGGUAGAUUCCGACGAGAGCGGAUCGAGCGGCGGCGGGAGUGAGGGAUUUGAGCUUAAAGAGGAUCCUUCGUUCUGGAAGGAUCACAACGUUCAGGUCGUUAUCCGAAUUCGACCACUCAGCAGUGCUGAACUCUCCCUUCAAGGGAAUAACAAAUGUGUUAGGCAGGAUAGCUGCCAAACAAUUACGUGGAUUGGACACCCAGAGUCCCGCUUUACCUUUGAUCUCGUCGCUGAUGAGCAUGUCACGCAGGAGAAGCUGUUUAUAGUGGCUGGAGUUCCCAUGGUGGAGAACUGUGUCUCUGGCUACAACAGCUGCAUGUUUGCAUAUGGUCAAACUGGCAGUGGAAAAACACAUACAAUGUUAGGAGACAUUGAAGAAGGAACUCGUAGACAUAGCGUAAACUGUGGCAUGACUCCUCGAGUUUUUGAAUAUAUGUUCUCUAGGAUACAAAAGGAAAAGGAAAUUCGAAGAGAAGAAAAGAUACGAUUUACAUGUAAAUGUUCAUUUCUGGAAAUAUAUAAUGAACAGAUUUUAGAUCUGUUAGAACCUUCCUCUACCAAUCUUCAGAUAAGGGAAGAUGCAAAGAAAGGCGUACAUGUGGAGAACCUGAAAGAAUUUGAAGUUUCAAGUGCCAGAGAUGUAAUGCAACAACUUAUUCAGGGAGCUGCAAAUAGAAAAGUUGCUGCCACAAAUAUGAACCGAGCAAGCAGUCGGUCCCAUAGUGUUUUCACUUGUGUCAUUGAAAGUAAGUGGGAAGCCCAAGGAGUUACUCAUCACAGAUUUGCUCGGCUCAAUCUUGUAGACCUGGCAGGCUCAGAGAGGCAGAAGAGCUCAGGUGCCGAAGGUGAUCGGCUCAAGGAAGCUACUAACAUCAACAAGUCACUUUCAACUUUAGGGCUUGUCAUUAUGAACCUUGUUGGCAGUUCAAACAAGAAGCCUAUGCACGUUCCUUACAGAGAUUCAAAAUUGACAUUUCUUCUUCAGGACUCCCUGGGAGGCAAUUCCAAAACUACUAUAAUUGCCAAUAUAAGCCCUUCCAGUUGUUGUUCUCUGGAAACGUUAAGCACAUUAAAAUUUGCUCAGCGUGCUAAGUUCAUCAGGAACCAUGCAAUUGUCAAUGAAGAUGCUUCUGGAGAUGUCCUUGCGAUGCGUUUACAGAUUCAACAACUGAAGAAAGAAGUUAAUCGCUUGCAAGGAUUGGUCAAUGGGGGAAGUGAGAACUUUGGAGUUGACAGCUUAAGCGCUUUUACUCCAGGAUCUCCAGGAAAUUUCAAAUGGGAUGGACUACAAGGAUCAGGAUCAUUUAGUCCGCUUACAUUUGAUAGAAGGUUAUCACAGAGGAAAGAAUACGAAGCUGCCCUAGUUGCAGCCUUUAGAAGAGAUCAAGAUAAGGAAGCAGCUUUGAAGGCCUUGGCUGCUGGGAAGCAGGCUGCAGAGCAGCUGGCUACUCAAAAAACAGAGGAGGUAAGAAGUUUAAAGAUGAGACUUAGGUUCAGGGAGGAAGGAAUAAAAAGGCUGCAGGCUGUUAAUUCUGGAAAACUAUCAGCUGAAGCACAUCUUCUGCAAGAAAGGGAGGAGCUUGUAAAGGAAAUAGAGGUUCUGCGUAACCAGGUUGAUCGUAAUCCAGAAGUAACUAGAUUUGCUAUGGAAAAUUUGCAGCUGAAAGAAGAACUUAGAAGACUGCAGGCAUUUGUUGAAGAAGGUGAGCGGGAUAUGUUGAAUGAACAGAUCACAGUUUUACAAGAUAAGUUAUUGGAAGCAUUGGAUUGGAAGCUCAUGCAUGAGAAAGAUACAGAGGCUGUUCAGGGUCGACUAUCCUUAACCUGGGAUUCUUCAGUCAAUGAAGAAAAUGAAUUCCUUCGCUUGCAGGCUAUUCAAAAUCAGAGGGAAGUGGAAGCACUUAGGAAGAAUCUGACUUUCUGCCUAGAGGCCAAAGAAAAGCUUGAGAGGCAUGUGGAUGAGUUAGUCUCAGAGAUUAAAGAGCAGAGGUCUUCCUUUGAUGCUCCAAAUGAAGAGACUCACAAUUUGCAAAAUGAUAAAUCAACUGAUGAGCAAAUGGAACUUAAAACAAUGGUUGAUGCAAUUGCAGCUGCAAGUCAGCGAGAAGCAGAAUCCCAUGAAACUGCGAUCAUAUUGGCCAAGGAGAACGAGGAGCUUCGAGAGAAGAUUAAAGUUCUAAUUGAGGACAACAACAAGCUUAUUGAGCUCUAUGAUGGUGCUACUUGUGGUGGUGUUUCUAAUCAACUGGAUACUGAUCUUCAAAUCAAACAUACUGGAGGGCAAGAGAACUCAGCAGAUUAUACAGGAAAGGGACCUGAGAAUUCAAAUAUGGUCAACCAUUAUCAAGAAAUGAAGGAUAUCGAAACUCUGCAGCAUCAACUCCAUGAAAUGCAUGAAGAAAAUGACAAGCUGUUAAGCUUGUAUGAGAAAGCAAUGCAGGAGAGAGAUGAUCUCAAGAAGCUAAUAUCUUCUUAUAAUUUUCAAAAACCUGAAGGCAACAAUCACAUGGAUUGUGAAAGAUCUCAGGAAAAGUUAGAGGAACUGUUGGGCUUGUACGAAAAAGCUGUCCAGGAGAGGGAUGAAUAUAAAAGAAGUCUUUCCUUUUAUGGACCUAAAGAAGAGAUCAAACGUGAAGAAGUUGUUAAAAUGGAUGUUGAUGGAGUUAUUCAGAAACGCGAGGGUGAAAAACUUGAACUAUCAGAAGAAAAAGUAUCACUAGUUGGAAUCAAGUUGGAUCAGGUCCAAAACCAGAUAGAAGGUGCAGAAAAAGUUGCUAAAUAUUUUGGAUUACUUGAAAAGGCAACAUUUGAGGUGGAUGACCUACGAUGCUCUGUUGAAGCCAUGGAUCGAAGUGUUCAGCUGCAACAGGAGGAGCUAACAGCUACGAAGUCCAUUUUGCCCAAAAGACGUGAAAGAAGAAAAAUUGUGGAGAAUAAGUUAUUGGCUCUGAAAGUAGCACUUCAGAGUGUUUCUUCGAAGGUUCAGUAUUGGGAUAAAAGAGAAGAACAAGCCAGAACACAUGUCAAAUUGUGUUCAGCACCUCUUGAGCGAAAAAAGGAAGAACUUAAACACCUUAAGAUCCGCAAGGAGGAAGCAGAUAAUGCCUGCAUAAAUGCUCGGUUGUCUGAAUCUGAACUGAGAAAAAGCAUAGCUGAUUUGAAACUGAAAUACCAAGAUGCUGAGUCUCGAAAGAAAGAGACUGAGAGGGUACUAUUUGCCAUUGAUAACAAUCCAGAUAUUUCAUCACAGAGGGCAACCAAUUUUGGCAAAGCUUCAGAAAUGCUCAAAUCUGAAGAGGAGAGGUCCCAAAUAUCUGCUGAGGUUAAGCAGCAAAGGGAACGGUUGGCCACUGUUCUGAAGGAAUUUACAGACUCAAAGAAGAUAUCUGAAGCACUUGAUGCUAUGAUUCAAAGUCUCGAAGCAGGAAUAGAGAGUGGGGUGCAUUCUCUGCAGGAAGCUGAGCGUAAACUCAAGGAUGUUGUUGCAGAAAAAGAGAUUAUCUCUGAAAUGCGAGAAGAAGGAAUGAUAGAGAUGUCUAAUAUUUUGGUUGAAUACCAAGAAUGCAUCUUUGAAUCAGAUUUUAAAGAAGAGGAGAUCAAGUUGUUUGAUGAAGAGCUGCAAUUGGAAGUUAGGAAACUAGAGGAGUUGAGAGCUAAGCAAAUGUGCGCGACUCAGAAGCUGAAUAAUUUGAUGGAGGAGAGCAAACAUACCCUAAUGCUUUCCGAUUCAGACAAGUCUUUUUCUGAAAAGAUAGAAGUAGAGCUUGGAGAGGUCCAAAGAUCUCUUCUUGAUGCUAAAUCAUUGUUACUCGGUGACAGGUAGUUUAUUCAACUACCCUAGUUCAGUUCAUUUUUGGACUGCACAGUAUUCUCUUUUGUACAUAAGAUGCUCAUUUUUGGACAAUUGAGUAUGUGUGCUGUUUAAUUGGCGGUUCUAAAAUUCA